UAUAGUUUUGGUACUAUUUGAAAGCAUAUAUUCAAAUUAAUAAUAAUGCUUUUAAUCUCGAUAGUUUUAUCUAUUGGAUUGGCUACUCAAUUUGCAAAUUCAGUUCUUUCACCUAUAAAUGAAGGAAAACUUAGAUUUAUUCCUCAACAAGAACUUUCGGUGACACAAGAGGUUCAAGAUGAUUCUCCAAGCAUGUCGAGAUUAUCAAUGGAAGGAAAUCAACAAAUUUAUCCAAUGUUACAACAGCCAAUCAUACAACAACCAAUGAUGCAACAGCCAAUGAUGCAACAACCAAUGAUGCAACAACCAAUAAUGCAACAACCAAUGAUGCAAGGAUUCAAUACUCCAUUUUCGUUAAAUCCCAUAAAUCAGCAGCAAUUAUCUCUAUUAUUGAUGUCAUCGUAUGCUAGAAUAAUGGCAUUAACUCAACUCAUGAACAUGCAAGACAAAAGUCAACUUUAUCAAUCUAAUCAUUAUAGUGAUCCCAAUUUAAUUAAUCAACGUGAAUAUGUAUGUUAA